AUGCCUUACACCUACCAGGAUUCCCAUCCACAAGUUCCCCCUGGGCCACAAAGUGCCCGCUCCACGCACUCCACUGGCCAGUCGUACAAGGAGCUAAAGCUGGAAUGCCAGCAGAAAAGGAUCCUCUUUGAGGACGGUGACUUCCCAGCCAAGGACUCUUCGCUUUUCUUCAGUGAGAAGCCUCCCGUCCCCUUUGUGUGGAAAAGGCCUGGGGAAAUUGUUAAAGAGCCACAGUUUAUUGUCGGAGGCGCCACAAGAACUGACAUUUGUCAAGGAGAUCUUGGUGACUGUUGGUUAUUAGCUGCCAUAGCAUCUCUUACCCUUAAUGAAAACACACUAGCCAGAGUUGUGCCACAGGAUCAGGAUUUUGGACCAGGUUAUGCUGGAAUCUUUCAUUUUCAGUUUUGGCAGCACAAUGAGUGGUUGGAUAUUGUUAUUGAUGACCGAUUGCCCACCUUCAAAGAUCGUUUGGUUUUCCUACACUCAGCUGACCACAAUGAAUUCUGGAGUGCGCUACUGGAAAAAGCCUAUGCCAAGUUGAACGGAAGUUAUGAAGCUCUAAAAGGUGGAAGUACAAUAGAAGCCAUGGAAGAUUUUACAGGAGGAGUUGGAGAAAUGUAUGAAGUUAAAAAGGCUCCAGAAAACUUCCCUGAAAUCUUAGAAAAGGCUCUUAAGAGGGGUUCGAUGGUGGGCUGUUCUAUUGAUACUAGCAGCGCUGCUGAGUUAGAAGCUCGAACCCCAUAUGGUCUUAUAAAGGGCCAUGCAUAUUCUCUAACUGGUAUUGAUGAGGUAAACUAUCAAGGUUGUAAGGUUAAGCUUAUUCGAGUUAGAAAUCCAUGGGGACAAGUAGAAUGGAACGGUGCAUGGAGUGACAAUUCCCCCGAAUGGCGUUCCGUCAGCCCAUCAGAGCAAAGGCGUUUGCAUCAGACAGCGCUAGAUGAUGGAGAGUUUUGGAUGAAGUUUGAGGAUUUCCUAUCCCAUUUUGACAAAGUGGAGAUCUGCAACCUCACGCCUGAUGCCCUGGAUGACAAUGCGACCCAUAAGUGGGAGGUGACAGUCCAUCAAGGCAGCUGGGUCAGGGGGGCCACUGCUGGAGGAUGCAGAAACUUUAUAGAAACCUUUUGGACAAAUCCACAGUUCAAGCUCCAGCUGACAGAAAAGGAUGAUGGUCAAGAUGAAUGCACGUUUAUAGCAGCUCUGAUGCAAAAAGACCGCCGCAAACUCAAGAAGCUGGGAGCCGGGAUGUUAACAAUAGGAUAUGCCAUCUACGAGAGCCCUAGUAAUAAUGAACAUCUGACAAAAGAUUUUUUCCGCUACCAUGCAUCCAAAGCCAGGAGCAAAACUUAUAUAAACGUAAGGGAAGUCUCUGACCGAUUCAAAUUGCCACCUGGGGAUUACAUUGUUGUUCCAACUACAUUUGAGCCACAUCAGGAGGCCGACUUCUGCCUAAGAAUAUUUUCUGAGAAGAAAGCUGUUACUAAGGAAAUGGAUGGAAAUGUUGACAUCGAUCUACCAGAGCUUCCUAAACCAACACCAACACCAGAAGAAACUGAAGAAGAGAAACAGUUCCGAGCAUUGUUCAAACAGAUUGCAGGGCAGGAUAUGGAGAUAAGUGCUGAAGAACUUGAAUAUGUCCUCAAUGCUGUGUUAGAAAAAACAAAGAACAUCAAAUUCAAGAAAAUAGCUCUCCUCUCAUGUAGAAACAUCAUUUCUUUAAUGGAUUCUAGUGGCAAUGGGAAACUGGAAUUCAACGAGUUCAAAGUUUUCUGGGACAAACUGAAGAAGUGGAUUGGCAUCUUCCUUCAUUUUGAUUCUGAUCAUUCUGGCACCAUGUCUUCCUAUGAACUUCGCCUUGCUUUAAAAGCAGCAGGUUUUCAGCUCAAUAAUUACCUGCUUCAGCUGAUGGUUCUUAGAUACUCUGAUGAUCAAUACCAGAUUGAAUUCGAUGACUUCUUAAACUGUCUCAUUCGUCUAGAAAAUGCAUGCCGGGUAUUUCAAGCCUUAAGCUCAAAAAGCAGAGACUUCAUUAAUCUGAAUAUCAGCGAGUUUAUCAACUUGACUAUGAACAUCUGACAAAGUCCAGUCUGGCUUUCCGUGAAGAU